GUCAUGUUUGAACUUAUUAGAAACCAAAUCGGCUGAAAUAAAUGAUCACAAAGAAAUAGUUUUCACGAUUUGUGCCCGUUGUAAAAUUUUGGGGACCGCAGUAUCUUAAUAUUUUAAAUAUGAUGAAUUUCUUCGGCACCGAACUGGAGUCUUGUAGUGAGUCAACUGCGGCCGCUGCUUGCGCUGCUGCUGGUGGAAAGUCGGGCACGGGGCGCAUGCAAAGUAAUGCUCAACAAUUCAGGAACGACGUUCACACCAAGGAUGCAUUCGCUUCAAUGAAUGCCCUAAGAAAGAGCAAUGUGUUAUGUGAUGUCAUACUUGUAGCUGGUGACCUGGAAAUACCCGUGCAUAGAUUGGUGAUGGCAUCGGGGUCGCCUUACUUCAUGGCUAUGUUUAAUGACCGUGUUAAACUGAACGGGAUCGAUGGUAAAGCUUUGCUGCAGUUGGUUGAUUAUGUUUAUACGGCACAAAUACAAGUGACCGAGGAAAACGUACAAUCUUUACUUCCUGCUGCAAGUUUGCUUGAGUUAACCUUUGUUCGCGAGUCUUGUUGUUGUUUCCUUCAAUCUCAACUUCACCCCUCCAACUGCCUCGGUAUUCGACAGUUCGCCGACAUCCACGCAUGUUCCGAUCUCCUUACACAAGCAAGGUCAUUCACAGAGCAACACUUCACCGAUGUAGUUCGAGGCGAAGAGUUUCACAACCUAAGUUGUCAACAAGUUUGUGAAUUAAUCAACAGUGACCAACUGUCCGUCUCCUCGGAGGAAAUGGUGUUUGAAGCAGUAAUAGGUUGGGUGAGAAGCGACUUGGUAUCCAGAUCACAAUACAUGCCGAUAUUACUCGAACAUGUUCGAUUACCUCUCAUGCCAAGCGAUUACCUUGUCGAG